AUGACACCACUUCCUUCCCGACCACUGUUGCAGGUAGCCCUACAGUUGCGACUUAGUCGCAUAUCCAUCACCUCCGUUCAGUCGGCAGCAUCGGCGAACGCAGCUCUUCGCUGCUACACAAAUACUGGCUUGAGCGGCUUCAGGGCUCGAUCAAAAGCUUCUCAAACAAGGAUAUCGAGUCUUUCAAAAAACUUCAAACAAUCUGUCACAGAGAUUCAACACCGAGGCUAUGCAGAACUCAAAGCCAGCGGCGGAAAAACAGAGGCAGACCUCAUAGUCGAGGAGCUGCAGGAACUGUAUGAAAACGCCAAAGACGAACUCGAAAUCGCAACAGACAGCACCAACGGCGCCACCAUCUACGCCGCCUCCGACCGCGAAUCCGCGCGCGAACUCCUCGAUCAACUCCUCUACGUCUACAACGUGUACACAGACAUGACACGCUCCCCGGCUUCCACCAGCGCCGAAUCUCCUCCCCACGAGAACGAAGCUGCGCUCGCACCAAACGCGCAACAAGCGAAUGCAGACCGUCUAGAUGCCGGUGCCACAGCUGCUGCUACAGACCCAACCCCUAUCCUAGAUACGAAUGAGGCAUUGAGUCGGGAUAGUUAUGUGGGCGUUGCGCCGAAUUAUGAUCCGGAGUAUAUCAGUGUUGAUGUCAAAGAGGAGGUUAAGAAGAGGGUUGGCCAGAGGGUUAGGGAAUUGAAGAGUGCGGUGGAGAGGCUGGAGGAGAUGGCGACUCAUGAGUAG